CCAAUCGAAAAACAAUUAGUUUAGGGGUAAUGUUAGUUUUCCUUCCGACUUUGAAUUUAGUAUGAUAAGGCAAUCAUAAUAUAGCUGCAGCAUGAAAAGACUAUGGACAAAUCUAAAUUUGGAGGCGCUGAGGAUGAACAUAAGCUAAUAAAACAUAUUCUCAUAAAAAAUUGGAAGUUGAUAAGUUUCUUCGACAGCUAACGAAGAUUGCAAUCGACAACCACAACUUCAUCAGGCAAGGAAGGCAACCAUGGCAUCUUUACGGGGAUUUGGAGCAUGUUUUCUGGGAAGCUCCAUUGAGAUAAGCCUAUCCAAAAGCAAAGAAGGUUUGGUUUUCAGAUGUCAAUCCCAUUUGACACCUGUGACUCAAGUGAUAGCUAGACGACCCAAACAUCUCUAUGUUAUUGGCUUUCCUUUACAUAUUGGAUUUUCCCGAACAACAAUACAAUCACUGGAUGUCUGCUCCAGGGCAACUCCUCAAAGUAAUAGAUCAGAAGCAGAAAAAUCCUUUGAUAAGCACACUCCUAAUAUUCUAGAUGCAUAUGAGGUGGAGACUUUGCUCAUGAAAAUUUGUGAGACUUCUAUAACAGAAUUUGAACUUAAGCUGAAAGAUUUCAAAUUAUAUGUCAGGAGGGAUGCAAACAAAAUGGAUUUAACAUCGCCUCCAACCAACUAUACUACUCUUGCCACAGGUGGAAAAUCAGAAUCUAUAAACUUCACUAUACCUGUGGAUCCACCUGCAUCCGAUUCACUUGAAUCACAAACUACUUCUGCUCUGCCCUUAAAUAGACAACAAAGCACACAAAAGCCAUUGGAUACAUUUGAUGAUGAAGGCAUGUAUUUGGUAACUUCUCCAAAGGUUGGUAUAUUUAAAAGAGGGCGUAAUAGAAAGGGGAAAACAGGACCACCACUAUUAAAAGAGGGACAAACCGUCAAAGCUGGGCAAGUGGUUUGCUAUGUUGAACAGCUUGGUAGUCAGACACCAGUUGAGAGUAAAGUAGCUGGGGAGGUCGUAAGCAUAUUGAGGACAAAUGACGAGGCUGUAGGAUAUGGCGAUCCACUUGUAUCUAUUCGACCAUCAUUCCCAGGGAUUAAGAAGUUAAAUUAAUUCACUCCUGUUUUUUGUUAAUAUUUUUUUCAUUUCCACGGGUCAUAUAUUAGGAAUAUCAAAUAAUGCAAUUUUGUUGAAUUUGGUUCAUGUGAUUUCUAAACAUGUCAAAAUGUCCUUUGAAAAAGCUAAGUGUGGCAGAGUGCAUCUGCAGUUUUAUGUUACUAAAUAUAAUAUCAAAUGAUCAUGCAAUCAAAGAUGCAAAAGAAAAUUUACAUCUACA